GCGGCGGAGGCGCAGCGCCGGGCCGCGGCGGGGGUCGGGCCGCUGCCGGGCCAGGAGCGCCGCGCCGCCCGCCCCGCGCCGCCGCCGCUAGCGUCGCCCCGGGGGCCGGGGUGCGGCGGCGGGGGGCAAGGCGGCGGCUCCCCGGCGGCGGGGCUGCCCGGCCGCGGGGGUGAAUGGCGCUGGGGGUGCUCGGCGGGACCGACAUGGAGUGGGAGAAGCUGCCGCGGCGGCCCGGGGAGAGCGAAGGGGAGGCGGCGGGGCCCUGGCCGGGCUGCGGGCGGCUGCGGCCCUCCUCGUACCGGGCGCUGCGCAGCGCCGUCUCCACCCUGGCGCGCAUCGACGACUUCUACUGCGAGAAGAUCGGGGCCGGCUUCUUCUCCGAGGUCUUCAAGGUGCGGCACCGUCAGUCAGGGCAGAUCAUGGUGCUGAAGAUGAACAAGCUGACCAGCAACCGAGGCAACAUGCUGCGGGAGGUGCAGCUCAUGAACCGCCUCUCACACCCCAACAUCCUCAGGUUCAUGGGGGUGUGCGUGCACCAGGGACAACUGCAUGCACUGACGGAGUACAUCAAUGGUGGGAACCUGGAGCAGCUGCUGGACAGCCCUGUGCCCCUCUCCUGGUCCAUGCGUGUCAAGCUGGCCCUCGACAUCGCCUGUGGCCUGCGCUACCUGCACUCCAAAGGCAUCUUCCACCGUGACCUCACCUCCAAGAAUUGCCUGGUGCGCCGCGAGGCCAAUGGCUACACGGCUGUAGUGGGUGACUUCGGCUUGGCGGAGAAGAUCCCCACCUACAGCGAGGGCAGUGAGAAGGAGCCGCUGGCUGUGGUGGGCUCCCCAUACUGGAUGGCGCCUGAGGUGCUGCGAGGGGAGAUCUACAAUGAGAAGGCCGAUGUGUUCGCGUAUGGCAUCAUCCUGUGUGAGACCAUUGCUCGUGUCCCUGCUGACCCUGACUACCUGCCCCGCACUGAGGAUUUUGGUCUGGAUGUCACCACUUUUCGCACCAUGGUGGAAGCAGAGUGCCCAGCGGCCUUCCUCCAGCUCGCUUUCCACUGCUGCAGUAUGGAGCCAGCCUCCCGCCCCUCGUUCCUGGAAAUCACGCAGUGCCUGGAGGGCAUCCUGCAGCACCAGCUGGGUGCCGAGGGUGUGAGGGCCACCCUCCUCAGCUGCAGGGAGAGUCUGCCUGCGCCUGGGACAGCAGCCACGCUCAACGGGGAAGCCAGGAGGGUGGCCAGCCGAGCCAAGCAGUCACCCCUGCGCGAGCUGGGGAUACAGCACCUGCAGCCGGACCAGCGCCUGUCCCGCAGCCAGUCCGACAUGUUCCCCCCAAAAUCGUCCACCCUGCUGCGGCCAUUGGAGCCUUACAAUGGGGCCAGGACCAAGGAGGCAUCCCCUCGCAUCAACCCCUUCUCCCAGCGCGAGGAUCUGAAGGGGGGGAAGAUCAAGCUCUUCGACACACCAAGCAAAUCGGUCAUCUCACUCACCUUCGACCUGCCGCCCCCUGCCCUGCUCCAGCUCAGCACCCCCGUGACACCUGAGCCCACCGUGGAGGUGCAGUGUGACUUCUCGUCCCCUGCUGCAGCCCCCCGCAAGUGCCACUCGCUGCCUGCCUCCCCUGAGCUGCCCCACCGGGGGGGCCUGGCACUGGGCAUGGAGUCCGUCUGUCCCGCUGAUGAUCCGCAGCGCCCUGCCCUCCUUCCUCCCACAGCUCGGGGACAAGCCUACCCCCCCAGCCCUGGGGUGGAGGAGCGGAUGGACUGCGGCCCCGACAGCCCCGAGCUGCCGCAGCUCCCCACACUGUUCCCCAACAGCAACUUCAUCCGCACAGCAUCCUUGGACAUCCAACCCUGGCAGCCAGAGCAGCGAGCCCCCAGUGGGCUCCUCUUCAACAACAACCACGUGGUGGUCAGCAAACCCGUGGCUUGGGGCAGCAGCCUGGAGCACAGUUUCUCUGAGCUCAGCAUCCCCUGCGCAGCGGUGCUGGAGCGGACGGAGCGUGCAGCCAUGCUGCCUGGGCAUGGCUCUAGCACCAUUCUGGAGCAGGAUGAGGUGCUGCCCUGUCCCGGCUGCUGCCUGGGUCCGUUCAGCUUCAGCUUCACCUCCGUUUGCCACCGGCCAGCACCCAGCCCGCCUCGCUACCAGAACCUCAACUGUGAGGCCACGAGCCUCCUCUGCCACGACAGGGGCCACCACCAGAAGGCCCCAGGGCCAGUGCUGGCAGAGCCCAGCCUGAAGCUGCCGGAGGCACAGUCCUAAUUUUGGGGAUCCUGGGGAGCAGGGCUGCCUUCAGCCACCCCCUCCGCAGCCACAGCACCGGGCAGGUGCCAGAGCCUGGUGCAUCUCUGCAGCCUGUCCUCGCUCCCUCGGCAUUUGGUGGCUGCCAGUGGCUGCAGUGCCCUGUGCCAUGGCCUCCACAGCACAGCCCAGGCGCUCGGGCACCCAUCCCACCAGGAUUGGCCUUGGGGGUCUGCGGGGAGCCCUAGGGGCUGGGCUGGGUCCGUGCUGGGGACUGAAGUGCAAUAACAGCCUUGCCCUGAGCAUGGUCCAGUGCUGCCCCGGGCGGCAGGGCUGGUCCCCCGCGGGGCCCCUGAGGCUCAGACCCUGCAUGUGGGACCCCCCUUCCCCACAGCCUCAUGCCUUUGUGAGCUCUCCCAGGGGAUGUACAAUGAGCCUGAUCCCCUGGGAGAGCUGGGAGCCUAUUGUGCUCCAGGGGAUGAGAGGGGCUGGGCUGGGGGCAGAGGGGUCAGCGUGUGUAUGUGUGUG